AUGAAAGUUACAUCUUCUUCCGCUGGCUCUUCAGCGAGUUUUUUAUUAUCUGGACGUGACGACUCUACCAGAUCAGAGUUAGAUCGUUUACGCCGAGAAGUAAUGGAAAAGAAAGGACAAAUUGACAUUUUAGAACGAGAGGCAUCAAAAGUGGAUGAAAUUCGCGAUUUUCUUAUUGGGUUAAUAGAAGACUUUCAGAAGCUCGGCCAAUAUCAAUUUUUCGAUUCGAAUGAAGAUUUACAAAAAUUACUUAAAAAUCCUGUUAACGGCAUUACAUUACUUCGAAAUGGCAUCAAUAAUCUAAUUACUAAACAUCAAAAUUUAAGUUCAAAUUUCGAAUUGCAAAUGAAAAGAAACCUUUUUCCUUUAGAACAAGAGCUAGAUCAAGCAAAAAAGAUUAACGAAGAUCAAAAUAAAGGUUUUACUAGUGAUUUGGAAGAAAGAACUCAUAAACAAAAUAUAAUUAAAUAUAUUGAGGGCGAAAAAACAAUAUUCCACCGAACAAUAUUAAUGAAAACAGCUGCUUACGAUCGUCAUCAAGAGAAUGAUAAAGGAACCAUUAUUUUAGUUCAAAAUCAAAUGCAACAAGUUCAAAAUCAAUUAUCUGAUGCUAAAAAAGAAUUAGAGAAUAAAGAAGCAGAAUAUAGAUCAUUAACAUCUCGUGCACAAGAUAGACAAUCGUUUGAAGAAAAACAAAGACAAGAUUAUCAAGAAUUAUUAGCCCGCGUUGAGAAACUACGUAAAGAUUACCAAGCAGAAUCUCAUAGUCAUAACCAAUGUCAAGCAGAUCUUGACGCUGCUAAGAAUGAAUUACAACAAUUAACUUUAAUGGUUGGAUCUUACCGCGACAACAGAAAAACUCAGCAGCUUCUUGGAGAAGAAGCAGAGAAUAGGCGUAUUCAUUCUAACUUUGCUAUCGAAAAAGUCGAAGCAGAUAGAAAACAACAAAAAGAAGAAAAGAAAACUAUUGAACUUGAAAAACAAGUUUCUGUUCUCCAACAAAACAUUGCAAACUUGAACGAACAGAUUGUAAUUACUGAACAAAAGCUUCAGAUGCAGAUGAUCAAGAUUCCAGACUUUGCACAGUUACAUCAAGCUCUUGAUCGCUCACUUGCAAUGUCUAAGAAGUUCAGAGACCAAGUCAUGGAAACAAAGUACAUGCUUGAUGAAAUUCGAGAGAAGAACAGAAUUCUCGAACAGAUGGAAAUACACGACUCAAAAGUUAGAACGGCUCAGCUCAAAAUACCACUUCCUAUUGAUGUGACACAGCCAAAGAAGUCUGAUGAUGACAUUAAAAAGGCACAGGAGAUGUCUCCAAAAGAAUUAGAUGAAUCUGUGAAAAUUAUUCUUCAGAAUUAUGAUAAUUUGUAA